AUGUCAGCAAAGGAUUACUAUAACGGUGCAAGCAAUCAGCCCACUCAGCAAUAUCACAGUCCCAGUUCGCCGGCUCCUGCCCGAAGUGGGUCCAAAAAAGGCUGGGGAGGACAGCAACCGCCCACAUACCAGCAGCAGCCGCCAUCGUACCAACCACAGCAACAGCAGUACUACAGCAGUAACAAUAACCAGCAACAGCAGUAUUACCCGGGUCCGAACGGGUUGCAACAGCAACAACAGUACUACCAACAACCGCAGGAUGGGAGACCGCAACAACCUAUAUACGUGCAGCAGCAGCCGCCUCAGAGGGGGAAUGAUGACUGUAUGACUGCGUGUCUCGCGGCAUUGUGUGUAUGCUGUGCGAUGAAUAUGAUCUUUUAA